UCUUUGCACUUGGUCUGGGGUCAGUGGGUCAGUUGGAGUGGUGUAACAAAGGAAGCGAUUCAUAAGUUUGUUUCUUGGCAUGGAGAAGUCAGAUUGUGUUUUCUAGAGUAAAAUCAGAGCUUAUUAUGUUUUAGGAAAGUGAAAACUGCACUGAAGUAUUUGAAUAGCCCUGAAUCACCUGGCCCGUGCUUAGGUCACUCCCAGUAAAGGAAUAGGCCGUCUCAAAAAUCUUGAUGUGAUGUUACAGGCACUGAGUAUUUGCCAAGAACUUGGCCUCUCUUUUUUUAAGGAACCGUAAAAGAAAUAUUUGCUUCUCACUGGAUCAUUGAAACAUCGGAAGCAACUGUAUAUCCACUCCGUAAUAUUUAAGGAGAGGUAAAGAUCUAAAGCAAGAACGAUGCUGAAGCCAAGACGCCUAUUGAAGCUAAAUUCAAUGGAAGUGUGAAUUGAAAUUUCUUGUGCAUCAUUGAAAUUGUUGCUUCAGGUUUGUCUGCCUGAAGAUAGGUUGGUGUAGAGAUGGCAGGAUAGUUAUUCCAUGUAGCUGUGACUAUAGAUGAACAGGCAAAAAACCUCAGUUAACCUGAGGCGGAUUGACUCAACUGAUAAAACUGUACUAAUACAGCUGUAUACCUGCUGUGGCUGGUUCUGACACAGCUCUGUUGCUGGAGCAAAGGUGAGUCAGUCAGACACCUUGGGAAAACAUUUAAGGAAGGGCAAAAUGCUGCACAGUUGUGAGAGAAAGGAAUGAGGCAAGAGGUGGGAGUGUGAAAUGGCCCAGUAAAUAGCAGUGGCAGUGAAGGAGGAGUGAGAGGAGUUGUUGUUCUAGCUGCCAGAGCAAAGAUUGCCCUGCAGCGUGUGGAGCUGUGGCUGUGUUCCAGCAUCCAAUGGAGAAAACCAGCCCCAAGCACCACUACAGCCUGUGAAGGAUCCUACAGUGGAGCUGGUGGGUGCCUCCUGAAGGAGCUGCAGCCUGUGGAGAGCUGUACAGAAGCAGAUUCAUCCUGAAGGCUGCUGUCCAUGGGAAGAACCUAACCAAGAACAGGAAACAGUGUGAGGAAGGAGCAGCAGAGAGGAACUGCCACAGACUGAUCACAGCCCUUCUCCCUGUGCUGCUGGUGGAGGGGAGCUGUAGGAGCUGGAAGUGAGGGAGUGAAGUUGAGCCUUAGAAGAAGGGAAUGUGGGGAAGAUAUUUGUUUUUUUUUUUUUUCAUUCUCAUAGUUUCUUACCAUUCUACUCUAUUUUUCACUGGCAGUAAAUUAAUUUUCUCUAAGUGAAGUCUGGUUUACCUGCUGUAGUACUUGGCUGAAAUGAAUAUCAUGCUUGCUGGGAAAUGAACACUCUCUUCUUGAGAUGUGGUGAGGCUGUAUUAUGGCUGAAUGCUGCUUGCCCCAGUGCUGUGGUGAAAGGAAGACUGAUAGUUUGCUGGAGCACAGUAUGUUGGGGUUAAGUCAUGUUUUCUGAUACUCAAAGAACGAUCAGCGCUGCAAUUCCCUGAUUCCAGAACCACAAAAAGUGCAGCUGCCCUCCCUACUUCCAGCUUCCCUUCCUUAUUGUAACCUUCCUGGGACCUUUGGCUUCUUCCCUAUUGAGUGCACAGCGGGGGACCACUGUGGGAUUUGGGGGAGGAAGAAUUUUGCUGAUUGGGGGAGCAAUGGCCUUAAGCUUGUAUGUAUUUCACUUCUUCAAUAAGUUCAAAGUGCUCCUGCUUGUCACUUUGUGUUUGAUGGUGCUAUGGGCUGCGUUCAGUUACUUUGUGGAUUCUGGACAGACAAUUCCUAAACUUAAGAGUGUGGGGGUGCAUUUUGGAAAAAUCAUCAGCCUGGAGGAGGAAGAAGACAGUCAGACAGAAGAAAAGAUGAAGUUAACUGAAGUUCCUGCAACAAAGCCACCUCAGGGUCCCUGUCCAGCUCUGUCUCCGUACCUGCGAGGUGCCAGCAAACUGACCUUCAGUCCAGCUCUCACACUAGAAGAAGUACAAAAGGAGAACCCUCAGGUGGCCGAGGGCCGAUAUCACCCUGCAGAGUGUUCAGCAUUGCAGCGUGUGGCCAUCCUCAUCCCGCAUCGCAACCGUGAGAGGCAUCUGCUGUACCUCCUGGAGCACCUGCACCCAUUCCUGCAGAGGCAGCAACUGGAUUAUGGCAUCUACGUUAUCCACCAGGCUGGCAGCACCAAAUUUAAUCGAGCUAAACUGCUGAAUGUGGGAUACUUAGAGGCUCUAAAAGAAGAGAACUGGGACUGUUUUAUUUUCCAUGAUGUGGAUCUGGUGCCAGAGAAUGACUUCAAUAUUUACAUGUGUGACAGACAACCCAAGCAUCUUGUAGUUGGCCGGAACAGUACUGGAUACAGGUUACGUUACCAGGGAUAUUUUGGAGGUGUAACAGCUCUAACAAGAGACCAGUUUUCCAAGGUGAAUGGAUUCUCUAACAACUAUUGGGGUUGGGGUGGAGAAGAUGACGACCUUCGAAUCAGGGUUGAGAUGCAGAAGAUGCGAGUGAUGAGGCCAUCUGCUGAUGUAGCCAGGUACACUAUGAUCUUCCACAACCGUGACCAUGGCAAUGAGGAGAACAGAGAGAGGAUGAAGCUUCUGCGCCAGGUAUCUAGAACAUGGAAAACAGAUGGGUUGAAUUCCUGUUCCUAUAGACUGCUGUCAGUGGAACAUAAUCCUUUAUACAUCAACAUCACGGUAGAUUUCAGCGUGCAGCCAAAGACCUCAAAGGGGUGAGCACCACACAGGUUUUAAGAAGUGGCAGCAGAUAGUUUGUGGUUGGUGAUGCAGCAGAUGACCUGCAGCACUCUGCUCAAAGGAGUACUUCAGCAGCACAGAAGAAUGUUUUUCUGCAUGGCAUCUAAUUCAUCAGCAGAGAAGCUCAUUUUCUGAGUACUGGAGAGGUGGACUGACCCACGGGCAAGUCCUGGUGUUCUUCUAUGCACUUUCUGCUGAGAUGUUUGUAAGCUUCUGUGUUUGGGCUGGUCCAGUAGAAGGACUUAAGUCUCUUGAAAAAAAAAAAAAAUACUUCUUAGAGCUAUUCCUAAACUUCCAGUUUGAAGUAGGAAGGUGACACCACCAAGUCUUUAAAAAGAGGAGGCCAGUCUUUUCCACUUAAAAGCACAAGGAUUUUUUUACCAUCUAUAAACUUGUUGAGAAAAGCUCAUUUAUUCCAGCCUGAAGAAAAACUGCUUUUGGGGUGGAAACAGCAAUAAUGAAAAUAGAGGAGAAAUGUUAAAGAUCUCUCAAUAAAAUAUAAUCUGCUUAAUUCAAAAGGCA